CCAAAUCCCAUCAUUCACAGAGCAGGCUGCAUUAUGUCGGACGACGAGCAAGAUAUCUUGGACUCGCUGGAGAGGGAGGCCUCGGAUUUCAACAAGGAUGCCGAGAUCGAUCGCAUUCGCAAAGCCUUUCAGCUAGACGCCUACGCUGUUCUGGACCUCCAACCGGGAGUCACCGAGUCCGACAUCAAAAUCCAAUACCGCAAGAAGUCCCUCCUCAUUCACCCCGAUAAGACGAAGAAUCCGGCCGCCCCCGAUGCCUUCGAUCGCCUUAAGAAAGCGCAAUCAGCCCUCAUGGAGGAGAAGUCACGCACAUACCUGGACGAGUGCAUCGCGGACGCUCGGCGACUGCUCAUUCGCGAUCACAAGUACACUCUCGACUCGCCGGAGCUGAAGACGGAGGAGUUCAAGAAGGAGUGGCGCAAAAAGACGGUCGAGGUGUUGCUGGAUGAGGAGGCCCGACGACGGAGGCAGAUCAAAGCCAAGAUGCAGGAAGAAGGACGCGAGAGACGCAAGGAAGACGAAGAGCUCGACGCCCGGAAGCGAAAGAGGGAGCAGGACAAGGCGUGGGAGGACACCCGGGAGGAACGGAUUGGCAGUUGGCGGGAUUGGCAAAAAGGGCGAAAGGGGGGAGAUGAUAAGAAGAAGAAGAAGAAAAUGAAGGUGUUGGGGUAGGUUUAGACUUGAAGCAAAGUUUAUAUCUUC